UGUCACUCAUGAAGCGUGAGCUCAUCGACAAUUGCGUGUACACCAGGAGUGUACCUCGUUUCGAAUAUUCAGAGAUGAAAAAGAUGAUCAGGUGUGCAUUCGGUGAUUUAGAAGACGUGUGUUGCAUUUUUGUGCACAAGAUGAAUGGCGUUGACAUUGAGGACGGCUACAUGAGGAUCCCAAAGAAAGCCGUUAACCUCAUUGAGAGCAAUGCGGGCGUCUUGGACAAUUCAGGCGUCAUCCUUCUGCAUGAUGAUGUAGGAGCUCAUGUAACGGCAUCGUUCAAGAAAUCAAAAGAUGGCAGGCUCAUCAUUCAAGGAGGUUUUCGGAAGUAUGUCGAAAAUCUUGAAAUGAAGGAAGAUGAUAUUGUGGUCAUCACUUUUCACAAACGCGCUGGUUCUGCGUCCAUGAUCGUCCGGGUGUGCAUCUUAUCCUAAAACACCUAUGUCGUGCUAGUGUCUGUUUAAGGCAGCUUAUUAGUCCCUAUGUGCCUCCUCGCUGAUCGUGCAGCAUCUCAAUGCCUGCUCUUUUGUGAGAACUCAUGAACCUGGAACCUGUAACCUUCUGUGUGCGGUAUGUGACUAUGUGACCUUUCCACUUAUGCAUGUCCGUUGACUAUAUUUCCGAUCCGUUGGCAUAUUUUCUACUAA